AUGGCACCCUCUGCGCUGCGCAAAGUCCAUCGCCGCAGGAAAGUGGUGCGCCGUCGUCAGGGAGGAGUACGCAAGCCGACUGCUCGCACCGCCAUUCUUGCUAGUAAGCAAGGUGAGAGUCCCCAAGCAGCUCGCAAGGCAAAGCAGCCCUCCAAGCCUAGAGUGCCUGAGGCGGAUGAUCUUCUGGAAGAUUGUCGGGUCAAGACGAAGGAGUCUAACCAGACCGUCUACAUGGUCUUCAACAAAACGGGCAAGCGUUCCCUUGGCAUUCGGGUGCCCUCUGAUAUCCACCGAGAAGUCCUGACCAUGUCCAAGGCAACGGCCAGUUCCCGCGCCACCGCUGUCAAAUCCCGUGACUCCAAGUUUCUCGCUCAGGGCCGUGAGCUCUUGCAGGAGCAGUUUCCACUCAUGCCCAAGGAUACACUCGACAUCAUUCUAGAGCACGCAUUCCUCAAGGGCUCGGGAAGGGUUGGACGCACCUCCACCAUGUCUGAUAAGCACAAGGCCCAGCUAGCCGUCGAGGCACAUGUUCGACACAAAUACACCCCCUAUGAAAGCAUGCUUGAAAGCGGUCUGGAUCGUUCCCUAGCACGCAAAAAAGUCUGGGAUACCGUGCAGGCAAUCCGAAAGGCCUGGGAAGGUGAUGGGGCGAAGAAAGACGAGUGCUUAACUCUUCGUCUGGCAUAA